CCGCCCCUCUUUUUUGGGCUGUGGCGGCGGGGAAGGGGAGAUGGCAGUCUUCAUGGCCAAUCCAGCCCGGUAAUUCGCACAGAGAAAUUUUCAGGUCCGAAUCCAUUGCUCGUCCAUCGUUUCUUAAGCCUUUUAAUGAAGAGUGGGGAGACAGCGGGGCUAGAGAUAGGCGGGGCUAUAGUUUUCAAGUGCGUUCAAUCGCGUAAGAAGGAAGGGCCCUAGCCUACUUGCGCGGGUGGACGAGCCAGGAAGGGAAGCAGCAUGUUCCCCACGCCGUGGUAUGAACAUGCUGGACCGCAAGGUCCAUUCAGCGAAGUCUACGAGCCCGCCGAAGAUACCUUCCUGCUGCUGGACGCCCUGGACCAAGACGCCGGGAAACUGAGAAGCGCGAACAUUGAAAUCUGCCUUGAAGUAGGAUCUGGAUCUGGAGUAAUUUCAACUUUUGUGGCAUCAUUAAUUGAAUCCAAAGCUUUUUACAUAUGUACUGAUAUCAACCCUGCAGCAGGUCUGUGCACAGUGGAGACAGCUAUACGUAAUAAGGUUGACAUUCAACCCAUAAUUACUGAUUUGGUAACAGGAUUGUUGCCACGCCUUCUUGGGAAAGUUGAUUUGCUGCUGUUUAACCCACCUUAUGUUGUAACUCCUUCUGUUGAGGUGGAGAGCCAUGGAAUAGAAGCAGCCUGGGCUGGAGGUAAAAAUGGCAGAGAAGUUAUGGAUAGGCUCUUUCCAGUUGUGUCAGACUUGCUUUCAACAAGAGGGCUAUUUUACUUAGUUACAGUUAAAGAAAAUAAUCCAGAUGAAAUUAUAGAAAUAUUACAGAAAUAUGGUUUAAAAGGCACCAAGGCAAUAUGUAGACGAGCCGGAAGUGAAAAUCUUGCAGUACUCAGAUUCUGUAAAUCCUGAAGACUUCUUAUGCUAUUAUUCUGGGUGUGUGUGUGUGUGUAAAUCAUUUAAAAAUAUUCUUUGCACAA